AAGUGCGGUUGCAAGUUUGUGAUUGAUUUGCUGCAUACAAAGGCACCAAAAGGGAAAGUGGAUGUUGAGUUCAAAAAAGGCACAAAGUACACUGGGUGGGUACGACCAGGGUACCGCUCCUUUAGGCACACGGGAUGAUGUCAUCCUAGUGAUAUUCAAGCUGCUGCAGCACAUACAGCGAGUGACUAAGAACACUCUUCUUCCUUUGUCGAUACACCAUUGCCCCGCCAAUGAAUUCAAGAAGGCUCUUAUGAAGUUGUAUCCAGAUAAUGUGGUCAUCAAUGCGCAGACCAUCAGAAAUAUCAAACUCAGAGCGAUCAAAUGGGGAGUAGAAACUGGUGAAAGUAAAAAUAUUUUAGGCGACAUGAGGACUGCUUUGCCGGGGUUUUAUGAAAGAUCCUCGCCGUUUGCAGAGAAUGAACGGAUACCUGAUGAUGUUAUGAAUGAAUUUUUGAGAAUGCGGGAAUGCGAAGAAACGAUGAACGCUUUACAGAGAUCUUUGAGUCAUGGGCCAGGGGCGCCACUCAAGACGAAAAUCGUGUUCGCCGACGGGUUCCUGAGUCAGGCGGAUGUAAGUCCGGCGCAGUUUUUCUUCUCGGACAGGUAUUAUAUCAAGCAAAACAUUCACAAGAACUUGAAGGGUCUCUACGGUGGUACUGUCAAGGAUAAGAUUAUCGCAGCCCUAAGUGCGGGAACACGAGAAAGCUGUACAAGGCACUUUGAAGCUGCAAUUCGGACUCUACAAUCUAGAGAUGCAGACUCGACUGCAACUUACAUUACCAGCCUCAUGCAAAUGUCAAGACACCUUGCUGAUUUAUCAACGCAGGAGGCUACGACAGUUCUGCGUUAGGAGGCGUGCAGAAAGAUGAUGUGAUAUUUGAGGAUAUGCAGGGGUCGGAGGUGCCUAAGAGUACGAAGCCCACGGGUAUGAAACAUACGAGUGGUAGGUAUACAUCAUACACAGACGAGAAUUUCACCGAGUAUCAGGUUUUAUAAAACCCUAAAACC